AUGCAGCCCGACGGAUUCCCCGGCGCCGCCCGCGGCGGCUUCGAGGGCGACGCGGAGGGCGCCAAGGCAAAAGCAGAAGCUCAGGAGGCGAUGAGGCAGCAAAUGGAGGAGCAGAAGCGAAUCAUGCUACGAGCUCUCUUGACGCCUGAGGCACAGGAACGCUUGCAUCGCAUUCAACUGGUUAAGGCAGAUAAGGCACGCGAAGUCGAGGCUCUCAUUCUGCAGAGUGCCCAGCGGGGAAGGAUCGCGGACAAAGUGGACGAGGCGACACUGAUCGAGCUGCUGCAGCAGACCAGCGCGGCGGCUGCAGCGAAGAAUCAGCCUAAGAUCACGAUGAGGAGGCGCUUCAGCGACGACGACGAUGAUUUCUGA